AAUUUCUACACAAUCACCGGUAAAUAUUGCGGGAAAUGAAACUGAUGAGAAACACAAGGCCGAAACGCAAUUUCUAAUAAUUCCUAAUUAUAUAUAAAUAUUUAAGUAAACAGGAAUGCCAUUGCUGGAUGUUAAGGGCGUGAAAGUUAACUUCCCCUUCGAGCCUUACCCAUGUCAGCUAGAUUAUAUGGGAAAGGUGAUAGAAUGUUUACAACAGAAUGUGAACGGAGUGCUGGAGAGUCCAACUGGAACGGGUAAAACCCUGUGCCUGCUGUGUUCUUCCCUUGCCUGGCAGGAGGCGAAAAAAGCACAGACAGAGUUCAAUAUGCAGGUGAGCGUAUCCAAGCUGCUGGGGCCAGGUGGGGCUGUGGGGCUCUCAGACAAGGGACUGGAAGGGCUAGCUAGGAGUCUAGAAAACUCCACAGGCACUGCAUGGGGCGGAUCAGACUUUGCGGUUCCAAAAAUAAUCUAUGCGUCACGCACCCACUCUCAACUGUCUCAAGUGAUACAGGAACUGAAACGAACUGCCUACAACACGGUGAAGGUCAGUGUGAUAGGCUCUCGGGAUCAGCUCUGCAUUCAUGAACAAGUUAAAAAAGAACAGAGCAACACAGGAAAGGUGCAUAUGUGUAGAGCUAAGGUGAACAGUAGGACAUGCUACUACUAUAACCAUCUUGAUGAUCUCAAGAAGAACUCAGAGGCUCGUGUCCUGACUGGAAAUGUAGUGGACAUCGAAGAUUUGGUGUCAUAUGGACAAAAGAACAAGGUGUGUCCAUAUUAUAUGGCCAGGGAGUUGAAAGCAGAUGCAGACAUCAUCUUCAUGCCGUAUAACUACCUUCUGGAUCCUAAGACCAGAAAAGCGCACGGUGUUGAGUUACAAGGGAAUGUUGUUAUCUUCGAUGAGGCGCAUAACCUGGAGAAGAUUUGUGAGGAGAGCGCAUCGUUUGACCUGAAGCCCGGAGACCUUGCUACCGCCAUAGAGGAGCUGACACGUCUUGCUGAGAAGUUUGUGGAGAUGAUCAAAGGGGACAUGGUGGAGGAGGAUCAUGAAGCUGCGCAGGACGCCCCUGAUUUCAACCUGGAGGACAUACUUAGGCUCAAGUCCACCCUGAUGGAUCUGGAGAAGGAAAUAGACAAGGUGGAGGUGCCUGGGGGCAGUGGAAAGGGGCUCACUAGACCUGGCAUGUUCAUGUAUGAGCUACUGGCAAAGGCAAACAUCGUCUACAGCAACAAGAACAUUAUUGUGGACCUUCUGGAGAAGAUAGUCGGAUAUGUCACUGCAGAUGCCUCCACUGCAGGGAUGGGAGUAACAAAGGGAGCUGGACUCACCAAAAUUGUAGACAUGUUCAAGAUCAUCUUCAGCCAGGACCUGCCCCCGGGCAGCUCCCUGACGGAGCACCAGGAGAGGAUUGCCCGCUCGUACCGCGUGCACCUCCAGAGAGAGGACCUUGGCAAGAAGAAGAAACAGGUGGACCUCUGGAGCAACCAGCCUGCACAAGACAAGAUGGGCAAGACGCUGUCGUUCUGGUGUUUCAGCCCGGGCCACAGUAUGAGUGAGCUCAUUGCCCACGGCAUCAAGUGUAUCGUCCUCACCAGCGGCACACUUUCCCCCCUCGACUCUUUUACUGCCGAAAUGCAAAUUCCAUUUCCUGUGCGCUUGGAAAACCCUCAUGUGAUACAGAAACACCAGGUGUGGAUUGGGACACUUAAAACAGGCCCUGACAAUACAGUGCUAAAUUCAAACUAUGAGACCAGAUUCACACCUGCUUAUCAGGCCUCUCUGGGGAACUGUAUUGUGAACUUUGCAAGGGUUGUUCCAAAUGGACUGCUGAUAUUUUUCCCCUCAUACCCUGUGAUGGAGAAAUGCCUCGAGCACUGGAAGGAUGUGAAUAUUUGGUCACGGAUAGAACAGUACAAGCAGAUAUUUGUGGAAUCCAAGUCAAAAGGAGCAUUAAGCGAUCUGAUGAAUGAUUUCUACAGCAAGAUCAAUGACCCGUCUCUCAAUGGGGCCAUCUUCAUAGCCGUCUGCCGGGGAAAGGUUAGCGAGGGCCUAGAUUUCUCUGACAACAACGGGCGAGCUGUGGUGAUCACCGGGCUCCCUUACCCGCCCUACCUUGACCCCAAGGUCGUGCUCAAGAUGCAGUACCUCGACGAGAUGAAGGGCAAACAAGGAUUCCAGAGCCUGGCUGGGAAGGAAUGGUACAAGCAGCAAGCCUCCAGAGCUGUCAAUCAGGCCAUUGGGCGGGUCAUACGUCACAGAGAGGACUUCGGGGCCAUCAUCCUCUGUGAUACAAGGUUUUCAAGUCCAGAUGCCAUACGACAGUUACCAGUCUGGGUGAGACCGCAUGUUCAGAAGUACGAAGCCUUUGGGGCCGCUAUGAAAGACGUGAUGGUGUUCUUCAAACACGCUGAGAAAACGAUGCCGGCACCACGACCGAGCAAGAAGGCGACCUCCGGGUCGUCAGGGGCCUACUUUAUGCCGACCGUAACUAGGUCAAGGUCUGGAGCAGGUCCUAUUGGCACAAUGCCGGCCCAUGCUGUGCAGCAACAUGUGCCAAGUCUCAUGUACAGAGAUGUUCCUGUAAGCCAUGACAAGUUGCAUGAAGACUAUGGUGGAAUGUAUGAUCACACAUCUUCAUCAAGUUCAAAGAAGAGCUUGUUUUCAGCUCUAGAUCACACAGAGAGAGAACAAGAAGAGAAUGUUAAAGACUCACAGGAUACUUAUACCAAUGAGCUUUCAGCAACUUCUGGGUCAUCACAGUUUCGAAAACCACAGGCGAAGAAGAAAAUCAUCAUCAAGAAGAGAGACAGUGAAGACUCCACUGAUGGCGUAGAAAAAGCUGCUGCAGUAACCUCAACUGCAUCUGUAGAGCACCUGAACAGUGCCGAGGCUUACAUAGCUGAGGUUAAAAGCCUGUUGACCAAGGAGUUGUACAAGCAAUUCUCCACAUCUUUAGUAAGCUAUAAGAAGACGGAAGACAUCGAAGCAGUUUGUAGAGUGCUCACCGAAAUAUUCAUCAAGGAGUCCCCCAAUCCUCACCUGUUUGCGAAAUUUUACCGGUUUGUGAGAGCCAAGCACAAGCAGCAUUUCAGUGAUGUCUGCCUCAAGAUAACGGGCCUCUCCACUGGUUACUCGGUGGAAGAUACAGUAAGCAGAAAGCGUAUCUAUGACAACGAAACAGCAGGAUUGCUUGCGAAGAAACCAAAACUAGGUCAUGGGGAUAUGAAAAACAGCAAAGAAGGAGACAAGACAAAAGCUGCACAGCCAAGUGUUAUGGACACUGUGACAGAUUCCGCAGGCAAUACUAAUUAUGUAGCAAGUGAUGUCCCCAAUUCAACCAAGAAAAUUUAUGAAGCUGCUAAAGAUGAAGUGCAAAGUUGUGUCGCCAGUGUAAAAGAACAUGUAGCUGAAAAGACUGUGAUGACAUCUAUUUCAAAUAAUAAGUCAGGGUAUAUUUGCUGUAAGUGCAGCAGCUCUGCCAAGAUCCCAUUCCGCGCACAGUGCGACCACAUUGCCUGCAUGGACUGCUGGCGUCAGGUGUUUGAAUCUACGAAGCUGUGUCCUGCCUGCAACAAGAGGGUGCGCCGACGCCAUCUGGUGAGACUUGUGUUUCCAGCACCACCUAGUGACCGGAUUGAUAAUGGGGGCGCGGAUGGCGUCUGCUGCAAGGUUGACGUCAGUUGCGGCAAGGCAGGGUCAUGUGUAGCAAAGAAUGAAGUCGUAUGUGGAAAUGUAGGGUCAUGUGUAACACAGAACAAAUGCACUAAAUUGAGUUGAUCAAAGGCUGGUGUUAGAUUUGUUUGUUGAUAUCAAUAUCUACUUUGGUGUGUGACACAGUUCUAAUGCAGGGAAAUGCUUGUCGUAACGAAUAUUCACUGACCAUGAUCUUUAAUUGUUACCAGCUUUUAAGCAUGAUUAUGCCUACUUUGAUACUAAUAAAAGUUUGGUCAAGGUUUAUGUGCAAAGUUAAAUUCAGGUUGACCUUCGAAUGUAACAUGUACAUUUCUCUGUAACUAAUGCAGAUUGAAUUCACCUAAAUAAAUAGUAAGGUAAAGUAAAGUAAAAAGAAGUUAUGUCAUUUUUGGCUCAGUAUUAUUAUUAAUUAAUGAUCUUUCAUUUUUAAGUUAAGUUUAACCUAUGUAAAUGUGCGCUGCCUUUUGACAGCUAAUGUCCAGAUUUUUAAUUAUGUGGCUUGAUAUUUAAAAUGCAUCAAAUGUUAAAUAAUGCUGCUCAUAGUAGAUGUGCAGGUAAACUAUUCAUCUAUAUGUUUAAAAACGAUAACAGAUAUUUAAUUAUUGUUACUUAAUGUAUAAUAUUGUGACAUAACAUUUAAUAAUGCAGCUUUAUGUUUAAGUAUUAGGUGGAUUCCUGAUAUAUAUUUAACAAUGUAGUUAAAGCUUAUCAAAUAAAACUUUAAAUGAAAAUGCAUCUGUACAAUUAAUAGAAAUUCAUAUAAAAAUGUGACUUAAAAGAUUAUUCUUAACAUGGUGCUAAUCACUGGACCCAUAAAUUAAACGUUAACACAAGUUAAACCAUUAUGUUUAUUUAUUUUUUGUCAGUGGUUGAGUUUGUAUUAUAUCUUAUAUUUAAGAUAUCGGCACAAACUGCAAGAAAAAAAACGGUCUUUUAAGCACCAUAGAUUUUUGCAAACGUAUUUCAAUAACCCUGAUAAUGUAAGGAUCAUAUGAAGCCACUGAUGUUAUCAAUAUUCCUGUAAGUAUUAUGUGCACUUAAAUGAAUUAUACAUUUACUUAGUAACUUAUGUUUAGGAAAAUUACGCAUAACGCAUGCCUAUAAUAAAUCUUUGAAAAAGU